UUCCUUUCUUUUUUUUUUGGUGUGACUGCAACAAGGCCAUAGGCUGGAAGACAAGCCACAUUUCAUUGCUGUUUCAGACUAAUCUUAUUUUCUUAUUGGUCUCUAUCCACAUUACCAUUGUUUAUUCUAUAGCAAAGAAAGACAUCAUUGACCAAAGAAGAAAAAUAACCGAGAUAUUGGCCAUAUUUCAAGUUGGUUUUUUCUAUACAAAAAUCAAAAGUACUGUAUGAGAUAUCAUGUAAACAACUUGUAGAUGUCUCUGUAAAUAGAUCAUGCAAAACUGGUAUGAACAAUGGGCACUAUCUCAAUUGAAUGCCCGUACCUGAUUCCAUUGUGUGACUAAAAACAAACUUCGAGUGACUUUGUCAAAAGAAAGAAAAAAAUUUAAACAGCCAAAAAAGAAGUCUGUGGCUUAGAUGGGGUGUCGCUCUGUAAACAAACCUGAAGGUUUGCUGAAAAUUUUUGCUCCCUCUCUUUUUUCUCACUGAACUUUAGCAUGUCUACAUUCGAGAAGCAAAUCGUCAUUGAUGGCAAAGGUCACUUGUUGGGUCGUCUCGCCUCCAUCAUCGCCAAGCAAGCCCUUAACGGUCAAAAGGUUGUUGUUGUCCGUUGUGAAGAAUUGAACGUUUCUGGUGAAUUCUUCCGUAACAAGUUGAAGUACCACGCUUACCUUAACAAGCGUUGUCUUGUUAACCCCACUCGUGGUCCCUUCCACUUCCGUGCUCCUUCUCGUAUCUUGUACAAGGCUAUCCGUGGUAUGGUCCCUCACAAGACUGCUCGUGGUGCUGCUGCUUUGGACCGUAUCAAGCUCUUUGAAGGUGUCCCUGCUCCUUAUGACCGUGUUAAGCGUAUGGUCAUCCCUGAUGCUCUCCGUGUCCUCCGUCUUAAGCCCGGACGUAAGUACACCACCAUUGGUCGUAUCUCUCACGAAGUUGGCUGGAAGUACCAAGAUGUUGUUGCCAAGCUCGAAGAAAAGCGUAAGGCCAAGUCUGCUGCUUACUACCAACGCAAGACUGCCCUUGCUGCUAUCCAAAAGAAGGCUAUUGAAUCUAAGGCUGAUGCCCUUAAGGAUGUCAACGCUUCCCUUGCUGCCCUCGGUUACUAAAUCCACUCUCAAUAAACAAAUAAAAUUG